AUCUACCUAUCAUUUCGGUGAACGCAGCACACAGACAAAUCAAGCGGAUGCUAUUGCGCGUGCGGAGAUAAACGAUAAACGGUUGCCUUUGUGUUCAAAUGUCGAGUGAGCGAGCGACGAGGUUACUUCGUACCUACGUUAAUUAGAGUUUGAGAGGAAAAUCGCGCGGAGAUAACUGAACGUGAAGGCACGAGCGAUCGUGGUCUCGAUCUCGCUGUUUCCGAAUAGUAAUACAGCGGCAACAUGUCCAGCAUAUUCGAUUUGUUGGGCGGACUCGCCGAGUCCGACGGAGGUCAGAUAAAGCCCAUGGCACGAUCAAAGACGUCCAACGAGAUCAAAGUGAAUUCCCUGAAGACGAUGGGAGGUGCGAAACCGAAAGGACUGUCGAUAAGAUCUAAUUCUGAUAUGAACAUAUCGAGCAUACACUCGGCCAGGAAAAGUACACAUGAUAAGGAACAGGAUUGUUUAAAAUUGAGAGCAACGCAAGUCGAUAAUAAGGGACGUCCGAUAUCUCCUGGGAAACAAACGCCUACAAAGAAGCUAACCGCUCAGUCGUUCAAGCUUAAAGAAUCUACCCCGAAAGAAGAUAGCAAUAAAUGUACAAAAAAGCAAUUGAACGAUGGCGUUUUUAAGAAGCCACUGCUCCCCAAGAAGAAUAUUAGGAGGACUCCCAAACCGGAAAAAUUGGCGUAUUGGUGUAACGACCAACAUGAUUUUGACUACGGAUACGUUGAGGCGGUAGAAAAUGAAUUUAAACAUCUGCUCUGUAAGGGAAAGGAGAACAUAAAGCCUAGCGACAAAAAUAUAUUUCUGUCAGAUUCAGAAAACUUAUUCUUAGAUAUUCCGAAACUUGUUGUCGAUAAGUCUUUCAACGAAGAGCCUCUGUCUCCCAACUUGCCCGAAGUGUCUGACGUGUCUGAUAGUGAAACUCUGUAAUGAUGCUAUAAUAAGAAUUACUUUAAUAUCGUAAUUUCUUUUGUAAGAGUGGAUAUUUUUAAGAUUCAAUCAGUAUUUUAAUAAUUUAUUUUCUGUAAUUGAUAUUUGUAGUUUUUACUUAUGGCUAGGACACUAUAAUAAUUUAAUAAUUAAAUACUCGUUAAGUUACCUUAAAAAGAUUUGACAUAAGAUGCAGUUUUAUUAUGAUAUUUAUGUAAUAAAGAUAACAUAAUUUAGGUACUUUUUUAAUCUUUACGCUCCAAUUUCUCAGUCAUCUUAGUUACUAAGUGUUCUGUUAUUAAUAUAUCCAAAAUAAAUUGUAAAUUUAUAUAUGAAUAAAUAAUU